UUGGCUGGUCGUCUGAGCGGAUCAUGGCUUUUUCUCUUUUACGAUUUCCUGACUCGCCUUUUUUAUCUUGCGUUGCUGGAUGCAUUAUUCUAUGGGUUUUCUUUGGAAUUCGUCAAUCCUUUGGUCUCCUAUUGCUACCCAUUACGACUGAAUAUGGCUGGGACAGAUCAACCUUCUCCAUAGCGGCAGCUCUUUUACAAUUAUUCUGGGGUGUCUCCCAGCCGUUCAUUGUCUUUUUGGCAGAACGCAAAAUUGGCUUUGGAAAAGUUAUAUUUGUUAGCUCUGUGAUUUACGCAGUGGGAGUUUUAAUCUUGCACUUUUGUACGAGUUCACUGCCUGGUUUGUUUAUCUUUGCUAUGGGAAUCAUCGUCGGCGGUGCUGCAGGAGGCAACAGCUUCCCUGUCGUUUUAUCUUCUGUUGGCAGACGAUUCCCACAAGGCAGCAAGAGGCAAUCAAUGGCUUUCGGUAUAGUGUCAAGUACGGGAAGUCUCGGUCAAGGAUGCUUCUUACCUAUCGCUAACACCAUGAUCACGAAUAUGGGCUGGAAAUGGUCGUUGAUUGUUUAUGCUAUAUUGGCCUUUGCUGUUUCGCCUUUGGCAAUCUUCUUGCGCACUGUGGAUCAAACGCCUGCAGAGACUAUCAAAGCAGAUGAAGAACAGCCAGAAAAAAAGACAGCAGAUGAGAUCGACGACGUCUCGGCUGAUUCCGCAGACAAUUCAGAAGAAGCAAAUAAGAAAGAUCAAUUGAUCUCCAAUCAGCCGCAAACCAUCAAAGCUACUUUGAAAGAAGCUUUCACCUCUGUAACAUUCUUACUGAUCACUCUAGGAUUCACCGUUUGUGGUUUCCAUGUCAGCUUCAUUGCUACCCAUUUGCCGGCCUACCUUGAAGGGCAUGGCAUCGAUUCAAGUUUAGCAGCCUGGUCUGUUUCUGUUCUAGGCUUUGGGUCCUGUGUGGGAACAGUUACAAUGGGAUGGUUGUGUACCAAAUUCCGUCCAAAAUACCUUUUGACCUGCCUGUACUUCGGAAGAGUCGUCAUAAUGGCCAUCUUCAUAUGGGUGCCAGUCUCAUUGACUACCAUCUUCGUCUUUUCUGCAAUAUUUGGCCUUCUGUGGCUUUCAACAGUUCCAGUAACGACCAAAUUUGUCGGCGAUGUGUUUGGAUUCCGUUAUCUCGGUACACUUACCUCCAUCACCUUUGUUGGUCAUCAGAUCGGCGCUUUUUGUGGAGCAUAUAUAGGCGGAUUGGAGUAUGAUGCAACUGGAUCUUACAUUAGAAUGUGGUAUGCCAGCUUAGCGCUAGGCAUUUUUGCUGGUUUUGCCAAUUUGCUUGCAAGUGACAAAUCCCUUCGAGGACACCAUCCUCAACCUCUUAAAGAAGUAGACGAAUCGGCAUAACUUACCUGUAACAUUUGUAUGUAAAUAAUAGUACAUAGCAAAAUACCUAUAAAUGCGUGUAUGAAACACAACUUGUGAUUAGGAUUCGCACAGGAGAAGCAAACUGGCGCGUCCUUGUUCUGACUGGUACCAACGAAUUUUAGUCGGAGU